GCUGAAUCCAAUGGGUGGCUGCCCUGAGUUGAAGUACUCUGCACCGGGUUCAAUCUAACGCUUGCAACUGAACGUGCUCGGUGUGGUGGAGGGACCUGAAAACUGUGCCUGACCACGUGGCCAGAUCCCAGGAGGGUCAACUCCAGGUUUGAGCCAUGCCUGAGAAAGUGGCCUUAACCUCGUCUCCACCCUGAACACUAUAGGAAGUCACUGGGACCCCGUUCGUACGGAGAUCUCUGUCCUCCAGCUUUUCAAGACAUAAGCAGUGCUGCUAUGGAAAAGGGAAGCCUAAUUUCCCAUGCCUCGUCCCUUUUCUGGGAAGGGCAUGGCGUGCCGUGGGCACCACAUCUGCUCCAGCGUCCUGGGGAGAAAACACCGCAGCCUUCCCCGCCUCCUGAAAACCGUCAUUCUCCAGAUCACAGAACUGUGUGGUGCCAAGCGAGUUGGUUAUUUUGGUCCGACACAGUUUUACGUUGCCUUGAAAUUAAUUGCUGCAGCACAAUCUGGCCUCCCUGUGCGGAUAGAGAGUAUUAAAUGUGAAUUGCCGCUGCCUCGCUUUAUGAUGUCAAAGACUGAUGGUGAGAUACGAUUUGGGAACCCGGCUGAACUGCUUGGAACUAAGAUGCAGAUUCCAUAUUUAAUCACGGAAAAAAAUACCUUCAAAAGAAUGGACGAUGAGGAUAAACAGCAGGAAACACAGUCUCCCACGAUGUCACCCCUCGCUUCCCCUCCUUCUUCCCCGCCUCAUUACCAGAGGGUGCCCUUGAGCCAUGGCUACAGCAAACUGCGGAGCAGCACGGAGCAGAUGCAUCCAGCUCCUUAUGACGCUAGACAGCCUCUUGUCCAGCCUGAGGGAGCCUCAACGGGAGGCCCAGGAGCCAAGCCCCCUCGGCAUCAGACUUCCCUUAUCCGGUCCUUUUCAGUGGAGAGAGAACCACAGGAUAACAACAGUAAUUACCCGGAUGAACCCUGGAGGAUAACAGAAGAGCAGCGAGAGUACUAUGUUAAUCAGUUCCGAUCCCUUCAGCCCGACCCGAGUUCCUUCAUUUCAGGUUCUGUGGCCAAGAACUUCUUCACCAAAUCAAAGCUUUCCAUUCCAGAACUCUCCUAUAUAUGGGAACUGAGUGAUGCCGAUUGCGAUGGAGCCCUGACCCUGCCUGAGUUUUGUGCUGCGUUUCAUCUCAUUGUGGCCCGGAAGAACGGCUACCCACUGCCUGAGGGCCUACCUCCAACUCUGCAGCCAGAGUACCUGCAAGCAGCCUUUCCGAAGCCCAAGUGGGAGUGUGCGUUAUUUGAUUCUUAUUCUGAGUCAAUGCCAGCAAACCAACAACCCCGGGACUUGAAUCGGAUGGAGAAGCUGUCUAUUAAAGACAUGGCUGACUUUCCUGUCCCUAUCCAAGAUGUGACUGGUGAUGACAAACAAGCUUUGAAAAAUACUGUGGAUGAAGUCUUACCAAAGGACAUGUCCGAGGAUCCAGCCACUCCCAAGGAUUCCAACAGUCUCAAAGCAAGACCAAGAUCCAGAUCUUACUCUAGCACCUCCAUAGAAGAGGCCAUGAAAAGGGGUGAGGACCCUCCCACCCCACCACCGCGGCCACAGAAAACCCAUUCCAGAGCCUCCUCCUUGGAUCUGAAUAAAGUCUUCCAGCCCAGUGUGCCAGCCACUAAAUCAGGAUUGUUACCUCCACCACCCGCGCUCCCUCCGAGACCUUGUCCAUCACAGCCUGAACAAGCAUCUGAGGCCGAGUUACACCCCCAGCUGAACAGAGCCCCCUCCCAAGCUGCAGAAAGUAGUCCAACAAAGAAGGACUUACCAUAUUCUCAGCCCCCAUCAAAGCCCAUCCGUAGGAAAUUCCGACCUGAAAAUCAAGCUACAGAAAACCAAGAGCCUUCUACCACUGUAGGUGGGCCAGCUUCUGUAGCAGCCGCGAAACCCCAUCCAACAGUCCAAAAACAGUCUUCCAAACAGAAGAAGGCUAUUCAAACUGCUAUCCGCAAAAAUAAAGAGGCAAAUGCAGUGCUGGCCCGCUUGAACAGUGAACUCCAACAGCAGCUCAAGGAGGUUCAUCAAGAACGGAUUGCAUUGGAAAACCAAUUGGAACAACUUCGUCCAGUCACUGUGUUAUGACUCCCAAGAUUCAAGUAACAGUGGUGACCUUUUCUGCCAAGGUCUUUCCUUUGAAUUUUUCAACCCAACUACUUGUCAAAGAUGUCUGAGACUGUGUCAAAAGCUGUGAGCAGCAGAAUAUAAUCCAUAUCACCUUUUCUCUUGUACUUCACUUGUGCGUUUGACUGUGGUGGAAAAAAUACAACUAGUUAUCACACUUGUAAUUGUCAGUGGAAUUUAUCUCCCUUUCUUAAGUACUUCCUUAAGGUGUUAGAUGUUGCUCCCUACCAAAAACCAAUCUUCUGGCAAAUAAAAACAAUUUAGAGAAUUAUUUAUUUAAAGGAUUUAUGAUUUGUACAAAACCUUAUAACUGAGUACCUUCAGGAUGCUUGUUUUAUUUUUGUAUGUAUAUCAUAUACAGUAGGUUGGUUUCCUGAAUAGUUGAGAUUCCAACUGGAUAGUCUUUGGCAUGAUGAUAAUAAAAGCUAAAAUAAAACAAAAGUAUCGGAUUUAGACUGGCGCUGUGCUCUCCACAACUAUAUGCCAAAAAUUGCUUCUCUAGUGCCAUUUUGAUAUUAUAUCUAGCUAUAAAUAAUACAUGACUGUUGUUUUCUAUUGAAUGGCAAAGAUUUACUGAGUCUUUACUCCUCCAUAAAGUGGAAGUUUCGUCAAUGAUCUAUUUAACUUGGCCCAACUAGACCAUCAACCCAGAUAACUCAUUCCUUUCAUGUAAAUUUUCAGGCAAGAGCAAUCUGCUUUAACUGCCUCGCCCAAUCAAAUUAAAUAAAUAGUUGCCAGACCUCUACUCUUAUCCUGCAUGGGAUAACAUAUCUGUAAAUGCAUGAAUUUGGAAACCACCUAUCAAAUAUGAAAGGCUGAUGAGACUGUUUGGACUGAUAAAUAUUUGGUGUUGAACCCCAAACUGAGGAAGAAGGGGAAAUGGUUGUUACCAGCAAUCCAACCAUCUCUGGUACUUAUUUUUGUCUUUGUUAUUUUAACCUGGAUUGUGAGUGUAUUGGGUAUGAAGAAAUAAUGAAAGCAAGCCAAUCCUCACACUGGAUAUACUACUGUUUUGUUCUCUGUGAAGCAUACCCUUAGGAGGUGAUUGGUUUAUGUACAGUCCAGAGGAGCCCAACUGACUCCAAUGUAAGUCAUGUAAAAUAGUAAGCUCAAAUUGCAGAAGCUAGUAUCCUAUAGAAAUUUAGAUAGCCACUGCUUCUCCUGAAAGCCCAAGUUGAAAGUGAGCAUUGACCAACCGUAGAGGGAUUGGGGCAAACCAGCUUUAACAUCACUUCCAGAGACUGAUGGAAGAAACGCUGUCUCUUGUACAUUUUGCUAAUUUACCCAUUCUUAGGACAGAGGGGUAGGGUGUGCCUAGGCUCCUUUUUGAAGUAGUUUCGGAUAGGUUUGCAGAAUGUAGGAUUAAGCCUUUGAUUUUGGUCGAGUUGAUGGCUUUUAGAAAAAGUAGGCAUUUAUUUAAUGCUUCCUUUUCCAUUGGCAAGCUUUAUCAAUAGCUUAAUAGCCGAAGAGAAAGGCUCAAACAGAUGAUAUUUUUCCAAAGAAAAACAAAUUGUUGAUUCUGUUCUAUGCAUAUUAAAGGAUUUUGCAUUGAUUUGAUUUUGGAAAUCACAAAACUUGAACUAUUUCUCUAUUGUACCUUUCCUUCCCUUUUGGCUGUCUCUUUUUGUCCUUGUGGGAAGGGUUUGGAGUCAGUUUAAACCCUUUCUAAGGUUGUGAAUGGGUCAUUGCAGAUUUUUUAGGUAACCUCUUUUCCCAUGUUCUGAGAUCUGGGGGGCUGCAACAAAUUUUAUCAACAGUGUCCUUGUUGCAGACACUUCACAGCAUGUUUGCCUUUUGUUAUAUUCAAUCCAGGAAAGACUAGCAUGCAUUUUAUCUCCUAAUCUUCCAGUCCAUAUGCACUCACUCAACGUAGCACUUCAUAUCCAUUAAACAGACAUACAAACUAAGGAAUGUUAGUCUACAUUAUGCAUUUAAAAAAUAUUGACAUGUUGUUUUCCCCCAUCAAGUCAGUGCCAGAGUGAGCCCAAUUAGGAGGUUGAGGUUUCCUUUAGUUGGCUUGGUUUUCAUUAAAGGAAAAAACUUGCAUUGGAUGAUCAAAGCCCCGUGAGUUGCAUAGUCUCACCAAUGUUUUAAGAUAGGCAUUGCAUUAAAGCACACGCCAAUAAUCUCUAUACCCAGCCUUCUUGACUGAACUUAAUAGUGACCACAGUUUAUUAGUUGCUUAGAAGUGGAUUUUUAAAAAGCAAUUAAAUACACACACACACAUACACAUACAUACACACUUCUCAUUAUUAUUACCUAACUAGUGUUCAUCCUGUAUUUCUCUGUUUUUUUAGGAUGUGCACUUUCAGUUUAGGAUUAUAACUCUUGAUAAUGUUUCUGUGAGCCUUUAAUGUGAUUUAUAGGAAGGCUGGGUUAUUGAAAUCACUAUUAUACCUCUUGUAUAAAUCUACUCAAAAAUUAGACCUGCUUGGGGAGAAUUCUUGGACAGGGUCGAUGUUGCCCCCAUCCAUGGGGGUUUAAUGACCUUGUUGUUAAGUGCUCUACCUCCAUAGGGAUCCUUUAGUCCCAAGGAUGAAAGCACAGUAGGAGUUGGUAGCGGGCUUAUUGGGUAUCUCAGUAUCUCUUGAAUGUGAUGUAUUGCUUUUGCCGCCUCCCUAUCCAGCAGACAUGAAGCAAAAUGAAAAGGCAGAUAUCUGGAAUGGAGGUGCAUGUUGUAAUCAAGGCAGAUAUUUGCCUUAAUUAAGGAUCUAACUCCUCUUUAAAUAUUAGAGAAGUGCUUUGGGCCUGAUUGGGAGAGGAGGCAGCUUAACUGGAAAUUAUGCCCAUUUUACUAUUAUUGGAGAGUAGGAUGUCAGAGCUGAGAGGACCUGUACCCAUCUCCUGCAGUUUGCUUGUGGGGAAAUCGAGGCCCUAAGAAGCCGGUUCCUUGCCCAAGAAUCCAUAGAAAGAGGUAGCUGGUGGCAGAGUUGGGAUGCCAGCCUGAUUCUAAGUUGAGUCUUCUAGCCUCUAGCAAUACUAAAAAUGGAUUAUAAGGGUUUCUUCUAUUUACCAUGUUGAAUUUUAUUUACUUAAUCAGCCUUAGAAUAUGAAAACACGUUUUAAUGAGUUUUAGAUCUAGAUAUUUCUCUUGGAUUGAGGCAGAAAAUAAAGUCUGAAGGGAAAGAAUAUGAUUGAACUAUUUGUUCUUUUGAACACCUCACCUUUCAUGAUGCAAUAAAUUACUCUGAGUUUCUUGGCAGAACUUUUGACAGCUGUUGCUUUGAAUGGAUUCCAUUCCUAUAUUCCUUAUGGGAGUUUGUUUUUAAAAUAGACUACUGUGAUUGAAAUGAACUCAAUAUGUAGUAAGUUAUAGUUUUCUUCAAUAUAUCUUUGGUUACUUGGGUUGCAAAUGUUCAAUUUCAGCAUAUUUUAGGGUGAGUAAUCAAAAACGUGAAUUUCCUUUGAUUUCCUACCAAUGUCUGAACUAUCAUAAAGCAUUCUUCUCUUCAUAUGUGACUAGGUUCUGUAGUCUGUUUCUAAAUGAUAUUUGUUUAUUUCUUAAGUGAUCUCACAACCAUGGUAAUAAUAGAUGUGUACUCAGAAAAUCAAUAACAAAAUAAUCUGGAAUGGGUGUGUUUCUUGCAAUUAAAACAGGCAUUUGCAAAUGUUGUCUUCUAAGCAGUAGUUGGAAAGAUCUCAAUUAUAGUAUAACACCUUAGAGUUAAAAACAUUUGUUCAACACAAACUAGAAUCACACCUCCUGACUAGAUAUCACCAAGGGAAUGCAAUUUUAAAAAUAUAAAAAAAGAAUUUGAAAUAUCAUAGCAACCAGAUCUUCCCAUAUUAUUGACAAGUAGAACUCAGUAGGUUGUGGUUUGAACAUUAUGAAUGUGAACAGACUGAGCUAUCAGUUCAGAAGUCUUUUUUUCCUCUAGUUAAAUAGAACACAAGUAACUUUGGUUUCUCUUUUGAACCGGUUUACUCUGUUUCAAGUGUACUCUUUUUUAAAACUGUGAUUUCAAAGGAUCGCUUGAAUUUGCACUUUAGUUAUGGGUGUUUUGUUAUGGUUUUUUUGCAUCAUGACUCAGUGUGGUUCUCCUACUAAGAAGUGGGGAUUUGGGUUUUUAGAGCCCUGAGGUGGCAUAUCUUGCUUCUCCUUGGGCACAGGCUAAGGGAGACUGCCCACCAAUGCCAACAGAUCGGUCAUGGAUGGCAAUUUGAAUGUGAGUCUUACUCUGUGAGGCACCCUGCUUUUGCUUGUUUGCAAUGAGAAAUGUAGCUAGUUACAUGACCCUCCCAAGAGCAACAGUAAGAACUUCAGACACAGAGGGUCAGACUUUAAAAGCAAUGCAAGCAGAUUCUAAGAGCUGCUUCCCUCCCCAAAAAUAGGCUUUCAGAGGUUGCCUUACAAGCGUUCCCUAAAACAGUCUGUUAAUGUGAGCAAGACAUCCCAGGUACACAGUUGCUUUUAGGCUUGUAUAGUUAUUUUCUACAUUUACUAAUACACUUGAUGAUAAAGGAACCUUUUCUAAAAGGCAUUGCAGGGUUUCAAUUGAGAGGACUUGUUCUAAUUACAGAAGCGUUGCUCUGGUCUCCUGAGUUGGAGAAUGUUCAUAUUUUAUGUUUUGUCAGUUCUCCUGCCUUGCUCUUAGCUAAGUUCAUGGCUGUGGGAGGUUGGAGAAAGUGGGUUUAUGACUCUGAAGACCAGAGGAUAUUGGACUUUUAAGAGGGCUUGAGUUGGGAUUUGAGGGCUACAGCCCUCAAAUAUUUUUGUCUUCAGCACAAAUACGAUGUUCAAGUGAGCCAGAGGUGGGAAGAGCCAUUUUAGUCUUCAUAGCAGUGGGCCCGGAGAGAUCAUGAGCUGAUGGUCUAUUUUAAUCUUGAAAGUAAAAAUGUAUAUUUUUUCACUACAGGUACAUUAAACAGUAAAAUGAGUAACAGCAAAGUAUAUAUUUGAUGCCUUCUGUCUUUUCAUGAUGAUGUGCUAACAAGUUGUGUUAAUACUUAGCCAGAGUCUCAUUCAUUUGCUAAGCAUUGGGAAUAUUAUGUAUAUUGAUCUUAAGCAUAAAUAAAUAUAGGGCAUCCUAUAUUUGGAUUGUGACUUGUAGACUCAAGCUAACCUUACUGCCUCUUUUUCAUAUUUGUUGGAAGGUGUGUUAAGAACAUAGUAGGUUAAGAAUUUCCAACUUUAGAAAAUGUACAUGAUGUGAAACUGGGGUGCUAUGUUAAAAAUAAAUGUAUGAUAACUAA